CUUUUAGAUUUACACUCCAAAAUUCAAUUCCAAAAUCCAAACUUUUUCUUUUCUUUUCUUUCUUCUUCUUCUUCUCCACAAGCUGAGGAAUCAGCCCUUUUUUUUUACUGAGAGAAAGAGAAAACAGUGAAAUGAGGCACAUAUCUUCAGAUAUGUACAAUUACUGCAACCCUCUUUUUUACCUCAGAGGGAAUAAUAACAGUAAUGAUGAUAAUAAUGAUAUAGAAGAAGUUUCCCACUUCACUCCAAGCUUUCACCACCAUGAAGUUGAAGAUUCUCUCCAUUUAUGCACAAGCUCAAUUUAUAAUGGAAUGACACAAAGCAAUGUCUCCCUUGUCUCUCCUAAUAGCUUGCAUCACUUUGGUGAAAUCAACACCAGCAUUGGGUCAUCGGAAACGGCGGUGGUGGCGGAGGGAGGGAGGUUCACGGUGCAGGGUGGCGGCGCAGCGGUGGUGGACAGUGGAUUGGGAAACGUGAAUAAUUUUGAGAACUGGGGAGAUUCUGCCACGGCGGAGCACAGCCACCACACUGACACUUCGACUGAUGUUGACACUGAUGAGAAAGUUCAGAGUUUCUGCAUCCCACAUGGUGCUGCUGUUAUGGGUUUGGAUUCAAUUGAGAAAUCCAAAGGAAGACUUCUUGGAGAGCAAAAGUCACUUCGUCGACUCGCUCAGAACAGAGAAGCUGCUCGUAAAAGCCGAUUGAGGAAGAAGGCAUAUGUUCAAGAGCUGGAGAAUGGUAGGCUAAGGCUUGCGAAACUCGAGCACGAACUGAAUCAAGCUCGCCAACAGGGAACACUUGCAACUGGUUCGGUUGGAGAUAAGAGCCAUUCUUCCGUCGGAAAUGGCGCUUUGGCGUUUGACAUGGAAUAUGGGAGCUGGCUUGACGAGCACCAACGACUCGUCGCCGACUUGAGAUUGGCGGUGAAUUCUUUCUUUGGAGACAACGAGCUUCGCCAUAUCGUCGAUGGUGUGAUGUCACAUUACGACAAAUUGUUUCGGAUAAAGCGCAUUGGCGUGAAGUCGGAUGUUUUCCACGUGCUCUCGGGAAUGUGGAAGACUCCCGCCGAGAGAUGCUUUAUGUGGCUAGGCGGGUUUCGUUCCUCCGAGAUUCUUAGGAUACUGGGGAGCCAUUUGGAGCCAUUGACAGAGCAACAGCUGGUGGGUUUAUGCAAGUUGCAGCAGUCUUCGCAGCAGGCGGAGGAGGCGCUGUCACAGGGAAUGGAGGCGCUGCAGCAGCUGCUGGUGGAGACGCUGUCGUCCGCCUCUCUCGGCGACUACAUGGACCAAAUGGCCGUGGCAAUGGGGAAGCUCGCCACCGUGGAAAACUUCCUCUACCAGGCGGAUCUACUGAGGCAGCAAACGUUGCACCAACUGCACCGAAUCUUAACGACGCGGCAAGCGGCUCGGGCACUCCUCGCCAUGAGCGACUACAUGGCGAGGCUUCGCGCUCUAAGCUCUUUGUGUGGGGGCCUAACAAGUGGUAUCAGAGCCAAGGUGCAGAGCUCGGGUGAUCUGUUUGAAGUUUCGUUAUUUGAUGGAAGAGCGGACUUCAUGUUGUGGCAAUGCACGAUUCAAGACUAUUUGGUCCAGCAAGGUCUUGAUUUAGCAUUGCAAGAUGAGAAGCCAAGUGAUAUGAAAGAAUCAGAGUGGAGUACAAUCCAGAAAAAGGCUGUCAGCACAAUUCGGUUGGCACUGUCCCCACAGAUUAAAGUGACAGUGCUGAAAGAGACAUCACCAAAGAAGCUGUGGGAAACGUUGGAGAGCAAGUUUGCGUUGAAGACACUUACUAACCAGUUGAUGAUGAGGAUGGGCUUGUACUCACUGAAGAUGGAAGAGGGAGGUAGCAUAAUUGAUCACAUCAACAAGUUUAAUGAGCAAGUAUCAAGGUUGUUAAAUGCAGGGGAGACUAUCAAGGAUGAAGAGCACGGGCUGCUUCUACUGGCUUCACUACCAAAAUCCUUUAAGCCGUUUGUGCAGUCAAUGAUAGCAGGAAGGACUACACUGCGACUAGAUGAGGUGACGACUGCCUUGAAGGAGAGUCAAAGGAUGAUGGGAGGUGAAGAGUCUUCCGGGGACAGUCAUUUACUAGCUGCUGUGAGUGUUGAGAAAGAGAGGAAGAAGAAGAGUGACCAACUUUGGAGAAGAUCUCAGCUGAGAGACAUGAGCACUGUUAUAAGAAGAAGAAGCAGCAGCAGUUUGAUCAAUAUGGAACUAAGGGUUGACAGUUUCUCUGAUUUGGAAGCAUUAUUGCUGAAGGACAAUAUUAGCAAGAAAAGAAUGAUGAAAAUAAUAGCAAUAUGGGCUCCAAGUGUGUAUGGAAUUGAAUAUGGAGGAUGAGGAAUGAAACUCUUCAUCAAAAGGAAUUAAUGUACAAUUAAGGAAACAAUAAUCAACUACAUAUAUUUUUACAUUGGAAGCUACUUUAUGCAUAGAAGAAUGAUGUAAUUGGAACUUCUGCAUCACUCAAUUUGGUGUGGAGUAAAACUGUGUUUUAAUG